GUGACACUAAUGACAGUAGUCUCUUGACAGCAUGGUUUUUUGGGCAAUGUUUGAAUUUAUUGAGGUUAGAAUUUUCCUGGAAAAUCGAGUGAUUUUAUUUGAACAACGUUAUAUAAUAUAAAAAAUGUCAAAAAUUAUAGUGUUUAAUUUUUAAAUACUGCUAUGGACAAGAUAUAAAUUUCAUAUUUUCUUUUUAUACGUCAUUAAUUUAUUAUAUUCCCUAACAAUGGUAAUGAGAAGAGUAUUUUCCAAAGCUUACACAUCAUAUAAAGUCGCAGUAGACAAUGCAUUUAAUGCCAAGAAUCUGUUAUACACAAACAUCAUGAUAUCCAUGGGAUCAUCAAGUUGUGGAGAUUUGAUACAGCAGUCUUACGAAAUUAUUAAAAAAAAACUUGUACACUUUGAUUUCCAACGAACGGCUCAAAUGGCAUUCUCAGGUUUUACUGCAGAUAAUGAAAAUACUACUCUCCACAUGGAGAACCAUAGCAGCCAAUGUACGAAGAACAACAGCAAUUCCAAAAGUUAAAAGUUUCAUGAAAGUAGCAUUUAGUGAUAAAUAUUUAUUUUAUACAAAUGUGACCAUAUCACUGAGCCUAUCGUCGGUGGGCGAUCUGAUGGAACAGAGUUAUGAGAUAUACAUUAAGGAACAAACUCAUUAUGAUUUCAAGAGAUGCGCGCACAUGGCAUUCUCAGGAGUAGCAGUGGGGAUCCUAUGCCACCACUGGUACAAAGUAUUAGAUAAGUUUAUAGUGGGAAAGACUGUGGAUAUGGUAAUAAAGAAAUUGGUGCUAGAUCAGUUCAUAUUCUCACCUGUUAUGAUAAUCACGCUGUUUGGAAGUCUAGCCCUGUUCGAAGAGAAUCCUUACGAGAAUUUCAAGGAGGAAGUGAAAGAUAAGUUUGUGAAGUUGUACCGCGCGGAGUGGAUGGUGUGGCCGCCGGCGCAGAUCAUCAACUUCUACUUCCUACCGACCAAGUACAGAGUGCUGUACGACAACACGAUAUCAUUAGGAUACGACGUAUACACAUCACAAGUCAAACACACGAAGCCUGCGAAAGCUUUACUAGAAGACAAGAUAAAGCACCACUCAUCUUGACAAAGGCUGUCCACUAGUUGAAAUAUCAAUCAUAAUAAGUAGGUAGUAAGAAUUUUUAAAUAUUAGUUUUAAAAUGGCACUUAUUGUCAAUUUACCAUAAUUACUACAUUGCGUAGUAUUCUCAGUUUUUAUAAACACCUCGAGACAUAAGCUUUGCUGUGAUAAAACGUUACCUACAUACAAAUAGGUACUUAUAAUGUAAUUAGUAAAUCAAUUAUGUAACGUAUGUUAAAUAUAUUUUUGUUAUACAGUAAUUUAUUGAAUACGAAAUAAAUAUUUGACAUAAAAAUGUU